AUGCUUUCUAAAGUCUCAUCAAGAUCUUUUAGUUCUUCUGCUUUGGCACGUGCCUCUGCUCCAAUUAAGAUCACCUCGGCCCCAUUGGCCGUCUCGCCAGCGGUGUCGUCGUUGAAGGUGAUUGUCAAUGGUGCCGGUUCCAAGUCUGGCCCAGCCGGCUUGGCCCAUUUGACCUCAACCUUCAGCUUUUUGGACACCCAAUCCAAGUCUGCACUUCGUCUCAAGAGAGAGUCGGAAUUUCUGGGAGGCGCAUACAAGUCCUACGUGACCAGGGAUGCCAUUGUCCUUGAUGCCACCUUCUUGAAGGAAGACUUGCCAUACUUUGUCACUGCAUUGGGCUCUGUCUUGACCGAGAGCACCUACAAGCCUCACGAGCUUUCUGAGAUCGUUUUGCCAGCCGUGAAAGCCACCUACAACGCUGCUGUCUCGUCCGCUUCGUUCAUUGCUUUGGAAGAGUUGCAUGCUCUGUCCUUCAGAAAGGGCCUCGGAUCUCCACUGUACUUUGACGGUACCAAGUCUUACUCCGUCGAGGACAUUUCUGCAUUCGCCAAGUCUGCCUUCACUGCCGAUGCUGUUGAGAUCGUUUCCUCCAACGUUACGGAGUCUGACUUGCAGUCCUUCAUUGCCGAUUCUGCUUUCUCCUCUUUGCCAGCCUCUGGUCUAGCCAGCUCUGCAAAGCCAGCCACCUUCGUUGGUGCCGAAUCCAGAAUAAGAAGCGCUGGACCCACCGCUGCCGCCAUCGGUUUGCCUAUUGAAGAUGCUUCCACCUAUGCUUUGUUAUCCGCAUACCUGACCUCCGAGAUCGAAUCAACCCUCAGCACUCAGAUUUCCACAUCCAUCAAGACAUACAAAGAUGCCUCUUUGUUCUACUUUGUCGCUGAGUCCUCCAGCUCUGCUGAGGUUGCUGCUGCCAUCAAGAAGGCUGCCGCUGCUCUCAAGUCUGCCAAGGGUCUGGCCAAGUUUGCCAAGUUGGCCCAGUUCCAAACUGGCCUCACCGGUGGAAAGGACACCGUUUCCGUGUCGAAGUUCAACUACGUUGCCGUUGGAGACAUCGAUGCCUUGCCAUUUGCUGAUGAACUGUAG